AUGAAGCGCCUCACUUUAUCCCGCAAAGGAACUGGCGAGUUUCGGGCCCUUGCGCAAACCUUCGUCGGGUUUCAUGGAACCCUCCCGCCGCAAACUGUCCCUGCUGCUGGCACACCGCUGCCCGCAACUCCGACAGUGGACCCGGCCAUUUCGGCCGCCGCCCCGCCACAGCUGCGACUUCCCCCUUUUUGGCGACAGAACCCUCCGUCGUGGUUCCGGCAAGUGGAGGCACAAUUUGCGCUUCGGCACAUACAGAGCCAACAGUCGAAGUACUUCCACGUCCUUGCAGGCCUUCCUCCGGAAAUUGCGGCCGAGCUGGAUGAUGUCCUCGCCCCAGUUUUCCUUACUGAGGCCUACGACGUUCUUAAGAGCGUCAUUUUAGAUCGCCUGGAAGUUUCCGAACGUGCCCGGUUUCAGCAGCUACUUUCUGAAGAAGACCUUGGUGACCGUAAGCCAUCACAGCUGCUGCACCGAAUGAAGCAGCUGCUCGGAGAUUCCGCCAGUCAGAGCCAGCAGCCGCUCUUGCGGGAAUUAUUUCUUCAGCGUUUGCCGCAGGCAAUGCGCAUGGUUAUGGCAGGAUCCGAAGACCUCCGAAGACGCGUUCCACUCACUCUCUGCAAGUCGCUGAAGACGUCAUCGCCGCUCCACUUCUCGACCUCCACCGGCCCGUCGUCAAUCGGCCACCCCUCCGCCUCCGCCGUCAGAAGAUAUUCGUUCCCGUGCCACCCUUUGUUGGUACCACCACCGCUUCCGACAUCGACCCCAGCGCUGCAUUUCACCCAGUGCCUGGCAGGGAAACUCGCGGGCCGAUCACUGAUGGUGGCAAGCGAUCCCGGCCCAACCCCCAGCCGCCUUUUCGUCGUAUGUGACCGCGUUGCUGGAUACCGCCUCCUGGUUGAUACCGCGCUGAGAUCAGCGUGCUCCCAGCGUCUGCCGCAGAUCGUCGCCGUUCGCACAGCGGCUUUAACCUUCAAGCUGCCAACGCCUAUUCUAGGCGCCGAUUUCUUGGCUGCCUGCAACCUGUCCGUUAACGUCCGCCAUCGACGCCUUCUUGACAACACCACAACGCUUGAAGUGAAGGGCCUGUCUUCUCCGGAAGUCCCAACUGGUAUCCGCGCGCUGCGUCCGGCUUCCCCGUAUGACGCGCUCUUGGACGAGUUUCCGGAUAUCACCAAGCCCUGCAACUUGAAGGCACCGGUCAAGCACGACGUGACCCAUCAUAUUACUACCACCGGCUCUCCAAUCUCCUCCUGCUUCCGCCGCCUCCACGGUGACCGCCUGGCUGUCGCCAAACGCGAGUUUGACCACAUGCUGGACUUAGGCAUCAUUCGUCUUGCGGACUGCACCGUCUUCACGACCCUGGACUUGGUGAAAGCCUAUCACCAGAUUCCGGUGCACCCGCCUGACAUACCUAAAACGGCCGUCAUAACACCCUUUGGACUCUUUGAAUUCGUCAAGAUGCCUUUCGGGUUACGCAAUGCUGCACAGAGCUUCCAACGCUUCAUUAACAACGUCCUGCGAGGCUUGCCUUUCGUCUGCGCCUAUAUUGACGACCUCCUCAUUGCAAGCGCCUCGCAGGAGGAGCAUAUUGUGCAUCUCCGGCAGGUAUUCGCACGUCUUCAAGACCACGGCCUUGUCAUUAACGUUAAGAAGUGCAGUUUCGGGCAGAGCGAAGCGAAGUUUCUGGGACACCAUAUCGAUCAGCACGGCGUUCGUCCUCUCGAAACCAAGGUGGAGGCCAUUCGUGAAUUUCCCCGUCCGCAAUCGUUACGGCAGUUGCGACAGUUCCUUGGACUGCUGAAUUUUCAUCGGAGGUUCAUCCCCGGCUGCGCACACAUUGUCCAACCACUCACGGACCUUCUCCGGGCGCCCAAGUCGGCGACCUCCCUGUUGUCCUGGACGCCGGAAGUGGGGGCCUCAUUUGUCGAAGCGAAAAUCGGCCUUGCCAAUGCAACACUGCUCGUCCAUCCACUUCCUUCGGCACCAACCCGCCUCAUGACUGAUGCCUCUACCACGGAUGCUGGCGCCGUUCUACAGCAGUUCGUUGAUGGCAUGUGGCAGCCGCUUGGUUUUUUUCUCUCGCCGCCUCAAGACCGCCGAGACCCACUACAGCACGUUUGGGUGCGAGCUUCUCGCUGUAUACGCGGCCGUGCGACACUUCCGCUCUCACCUGGAAGGGCGUGA